AUGGCCACUGGGGCAGAGACCAAAUGGAUUGAGACACCUAUCACUGAUAUAACCACAGAUUGUCAGCGUGUUCGUGAAGGCUAUCGAAACCGACUGUCAUGGAGUGAGUCUGAACAAAGGAACCAUACAAUGACUCAGUUAAAAGCAUUAAAGAAACUUAUGGAAGAAAAUACUAAGCAAAUUUAUGCAGCUUUAAAGGCAGAUUUAAACAAGCCUCGACAUGUUUCCAAGUCACUGUCAUACAUAUUGGACGAAUGUUAUGUCAAACCAGAACCUUAUGGUGGUUUAAUCGUGGGUGCCUGGAACUAUCCCUUCCAACUUGUAACUCUUCCACUACUGGGUGCUAUAGCAGCAGGUAAUGCUGUCAGUCAACCAUCUGAAGUAUCUGUUCACACUUCAAACUUAUUUGCUGACCUCAUACCUAAAUAUUUGGAUCAGGAUUUUUAUGCUGUUAUUUCUGGAGGUGUAGAUGUUGCUACUGCUGUUCUUAAGGAACAAUUUGACUACAUAUUUUAUACUGGUAGCACUUCAGUUGGUAAGAUUGUCAUGAAAGCUGCUGCAGAAUAUUUAACCCCUGUCACUUUGGAACUGGGAGGAAAAAGCCCUGUAAUUAUAGCUGAGGAUGCUAAUAUUGAGGUAUCUGCUAAUAGAAUUAUUUGGGGCAAACUAGCCAAUGUUGGUCAAACUUGUAUCAGCCCAGAUUAUGUGUUGUGCUCGUCAAAAAUAUAUGACCGUUUUGUUGAGUGUUGUAAAGAUGCAGCUAAACGUUACUAUGGCGAG